AGAACUAUCAAUGUCAAACUGGCGGACCACCUGAUCGUGAUUUGUUCGUGUCACAAGCCCUGAGGAAAAAUUUCUUAUCCACCAUUCUAUAAAAGGAAAAAAACUUAUGUAGUAAUUUAGGUCAACGAUAGGCAAUAUAAUAUUGCCAAUAUAUACUCAUAGGAAUAAUAAAUUGUGUAUAAAUGAGACUUUGGGUGUGUUUGUUGCUGACUUGUGCGUCAGUGUGGGGGUUCCCGGAGAGACGGUCGGCCGAGAAGCAGCCUGACUUGCCGCAGCUGGCCCAGCAGCUGCAGGGCAAGAAGGACAACAGAGUUAGGGAAGCUCCGAGGGAUUGCAAGGGGAAGUGCGCCUCCAGUAUAGCGCAGAAGGCUGCUGCGGAGGCGAAGGCAGCACAAGCGGCACAGAACGCCGCGGGAGCACAGGCGGCUCAUAUGGUAAAAACUCAACUAGCAGAGAAGGCACUGCAGGCAGCUAAAGCGGCCGAAGCAGCACUCGCUGGCAAACAAGCUGUAGUAGAACAACUCCAACAAGAAGUGAAGGAGGCUGAGGCAGUUGUUGCGGAGAACACAGCGGCUGUGCACCAACAACAAGGGACUGUAAACGCAGCUGUGCAAGCCGCACAGCAAGCUACUGCUCAGCAUAAACUCAUGGUCCAAGCGACGCAAUUAGCUGCACAACUUGAAAAAUCAGCUCACUGCGUUUUAGAGAAGACUAAAUUCGGAUUACAAGAGAAAUGCCAUAAUCUAUCGGAGGCAAGAGCGAGACUAGCACAUUUGCAACACAAACUGCAAUGCGCUUGCGCUGAAUGUGCUGCGACUAAGCAAGCUGCCCACUGUGCUUGCGAAGCGGCGCGUGCUGCCUGCGGCAAUGCGCGCAGGAAGAAACAUAUCACCAACCAAAUUGCUGUAGCACCGAAAGACAGCAAACGAGGACGAUGAUCGAGCAAAUAAGGAAAGUAUGGUUAAGUGAUUGAAACAUGAGUUCAGAGUCGGAAAUUCGGUUUUUGUGGCGGAGUGUAGAAAAAAUUAGACCAGUUUUCCACCUAGUUUCGUAAUAUUAUUUUGCCAAAAUUUUAUAGGUAGCUUAUAAAUCAGUAGAAACUUUAGUUGUUUCUACUGAUUUAUUUUAGAAACAGAACUCUAGAAAUUGUCCACAUUCCGUACUUUUUUCAGCACUAGAAUGAAUUUCCGACUAGUACGAAAAGCUUUAAUUCCGCCACUUGAGCUGAGUGAAGGAGAUAGAUACUAGUUCCAUCAUUUAAUAUCAUAAGAAACUCGUUCAAAUGCACUAGCUGUCUAUUAUAACGACUGAUAACUGAAUUAAUGUCUCCGCCUGAACGUAAUACUUUAUAAAUAUGACUUGUUUUGUAUCAUUUGACUGACGACAUCGAACUAUUCCUGGAGGUGCUGCGAGAUUGGCGAAAAAGUUAAUUGGAAAAAUAUCUUCAUCGGUAUUUAUUUCUCAAAGACAUCAGUUGGUUCCUGGUGACGUUUGCUAGGACCUGGUUAGUUUGUAAUGUCAGUUUUCUUAAUAGGUAAGUUGUUUUUAAUUAUAGAUAGAGCAGAGACUAUUAUUUCCUUUCGUUUCCCAUAGAGUGCAGGCUUCUAAAAAUGAAUUACAAUAGCAGCUUUUGCAUUUCAUUUUUAUAGGAAUGUAAAUAUACUCUUACCGGACGUUUUGUUUUCAAGAAUGCGUGGAUUGAGAUGGAUUUACGAUAAUUUUGAUUAGUUCUAUUUACUUUAGUUUUUUAGUAUUGUGUGUUAAGACGUUCGACGUAUAAGCUUUUGAUAUGAUGGAUUUCGUUUAAGCUUCUGUUAAUAUAGUAUGGAUCAGGUAAUA